AAGAGGCGCCACUAUUACUUAACCAACAAUUGCUAAGCUAAGCCCAUCAUUUUGUCUGCCGUGGACAUCACUGACGAUACUGACAUACGUUUUUGUAUACAUACAUGUAUGUGCACUGCUUUUCCCUUUGAGUGAAAUUCACUUUGAUUAUUUUCUUUUGAAGUGCAACUUGUUCGAAACGACAUGACGUCAGUUCAAGACCCGUUGAAAGAGGACACACAAAUAGAGCCUGUUCCCGGUGCGGACAGUAUAGCGGAUCGCAAUUCGAGAUGUGAUUCACCGAAACGUGGAACUACGCUGUCAACUAGCACAAGUAGUUUCGAAGCUUUGGAUCCUCACGAUCCGAAUCUGAGCCGUUUAGCGAACACGAUGUUCCAGAAAACUGGCGAGUAUUUGCAAGAAGAAUUGACAGCCACGCACGCCGACUAUCGUUUGUUGGAACGAUUAAAUAAAGAGACGAUUGCCAAGUGCACCGAAUUAAAAACCAUAUCCUCGAAUGUAGCACAGUCGUUGGACUCGUUAAACGAGAAAUAUAAAAAAUUACAACCUAUUCUGGAUAAUAUCAAUGAGAUUGAUGAUAGUGUGACGAAGCUAGAACAAGCUGCGUAUAAAUUAGCAUCGUAUUCAAAACGAUUAGAAGCAAAGUUUAAAGACAUCGAGAAAGAUACCAGAAACAAGUGAACCUGUGAUAUGUAAAUGUGCGUGUGUAUGUAACAAACGUGUUGAUUAGAUGAAUAUACAUGUAUGUACAUAUAUAAUAAAUGCAUAUACGAUAGAUGAACGAAUCUAUCUUACCGCGUAGUAAAAGACAAGUUUGUCUUUAUGUUAAGCAUAAAUGUGCAAUCAAUUUGUGUACAUAGUAUUCUAGUAUUAUUUAAUUACAAUAGCAAGUCAAUUUACAUGUUUCUUUUCUCUAUAUGCAUAUCCAGGUUCAAAAUAACGGCAACCAAUUAUUGUAUUUAUAAUAAACGUAUUUUGUAUAAUGAUACUGUAAAAAAUUAAUGUGUUACAUGCUGCCUUACGAUAUAUCACAUACUGUUUUCUUUUUUAUAAUUCCGUAAUUACUCUAACUGUAUUGUAGUCUACUUAUCAAUCUACUUUACUUGAAAAAUAUAUAAGGUAUUGUUACAGAAAUUGUUAAACAAUAUUGUACAGGAAGUAAUUUAUACUAUGCGCAUAAACCAAUAAAUAAUUAUUCUUAAA